AUGGAACCCACCACAGUCAUCGGAUGCGUGUCUGCUUUGACCGACCUCUUCGCAGAGGGCGCGCAACACUACACGCUGUGGAAAAGAAAACGGUCCCGGCAAAACCACUACCGGAGGACGGGUCCCGCUGGGCAGAAAGGCGUCGUUACCUGCGCCUUGACUACAUCUCUUGACGCUGCCGAAACACAGAUCAAAGAGACGUUUGAUAUUGCCUUCUCCAUUGUAGGGCCCGAAUUCUCCAAAGGAGAUGCGACGCUGAAUAUCGCCGAUAUCCUUCAAACAUCUGAGGCUAUUCGCAUUGCCUCAGUCAAGGCACUAACGGACCUUUACGGCCGCAUGGCCGUGGGUCGCUCUAUUCCUCAAGACCUGCCUGUCCCAAAGCCUCGGUCCCGCCAAAGUAGCUUGUUGUCCCGACGCUCCGGAAGCUUUAUCGAUUCCAACAACGAUGAUGACGACAAGAUGACCAUCUGUACCGAUCAACCCCGCCUCCAGUCGGAGCCGCCUUCGCCUCCGCCGACCCCGCCAGACUCCAAGCUCAUUGUCAGCGAUGUGGCAUCCAUCUUUGCCCCGUCAACGCUGGCGCCCUCAGAGGCUGCUGGUGGUGGUGGUGAUGCAUCGGCAGUCCUCCGUCCCAAAGUCAGCGUUUUCAGUAUGUUCUGCCCCAAGGCAAUGGUGCUUCAGGUUGACUUGUCGAAGCCCAUUCCAGAGGAUAAGAGUUGUACGUGCGGUUACCGUUGGAAGCCAGUCCUGCCCGAGAAGAAAGACUUUAUUGUGCUGAAGGAGGGGUUCUGCAUGUCGAACCGAUUUCUUGCCAAGUCGCACUCCGACAAGGACGUCUAUGGGUGUAUUCUUUGUGUUUCAAGCGGACAGACGGAGACGUAUGAUUCGUCACAGUCGUUGGCGGCGCACAUCAACUCCUGUCACACCAAGUGGCAGAUUCUCCACGAGAGAGACAUAGCCUAG